AUGGCCUAUGACCGCUACGUUGCCAUCUGCAAACCCCUGCACUACGGGACCCUCCUGGGCAGCAGAGCUUGUGUCCACAUGGCAGCAGCUGCCUGGGGCAGUGGGUUUCUCUAUGCUCUCCUGCACACGGCCAAUACAUUUUCCCUGCCCCUCUGCCAGGGCAAUGCCCUGGACCAGUUCUUCUGUGAAAUCCCCCAGAUCCUCAAGCUCUCCUGCUCACACUCCUACCUCAGGGAAGUUGGGCUUCUUGUGGUCAGUGCCUGUUUAACCUUCGGGUGCUUUGUUUUCAUCGUGCUGUCCUAUGUGCAGAUCUUCAGGGCCGUGCUGAGGAUCCCCUCUGAGCAGGGACGGCACAAAGCCUUCUCCACGUGCCUCCCUCACCUGGCCGUGGUCUCCCUGUUUGUCAGCACUGCCGUGUUUGCCUACCUGAAGCCCCCCUCCAUCUCCUCCCCAGUUCUCGACCUGGUGGUGGCUGUGCUGUACUCAGUGGUGCCUCCAGCACUGAACCCCCUCAUCUAC